ACAACCUCUCUCAUCCGCUCCUUCCUUUUCUCCCCUCUUCUCUGUAUUUUUUGCCUUUUUAAUAAACUCUCCUUCUCUUCUCUUCUUUUCCAUUUCUAUUCGUCUUAUUACCAAGAAAGCGGAGGAAAAUUUUCUGAAUUUUUCUUCGCUUUUUAUUACCGAUCUUCUGUUUUAUUACAAGACUCUGAUUUUCGACGAGCUUGAUCGAUUAAAAAUUCUCAAGAUCUAUGGCGGAAGAGCAUCGAUGUCAGACGCCGGAAGGCCACCGUCUCUGCGCUAACAACUGCGGCUUCCUCGGAAGCUCCGCCACCAUGAAUCUCUGCUCCAAUUGCUACGGCGAUCUCUGUCUCAAGCAGCAGCAACAAGCCUCCAUGAAAACCACCGUCGAAUCAUCUCUCUCCGCCGUAUCUCCCCCGUCUUCGGCGGAGAUCGCUUCCGUCUCUUCUCCGGCGAUCUCACCUCUCGUUCAAAAUCCAUCAGCUGAACUGGAUGUAACGACGAAGAACGCUCCGGUGACGGUGACUCCGCCGCGGCUGACGACGACGGAGGAGAAGCAGCUGAAACGGCCGAAUCGUUGCACGACGUGCAGGAAACGGGUCGGGUUGACCGGAUUCAAGUGCCGGUGCGGGACGACUUACUGCGGGGUCCACAGGUACCCCGAGGUCCAUGGAUGCACCUUCGACUUCAAAUCGGCCGGUCGUGAAGAGAUCGCGAAGGCGAACCCGUUGGUCAAAGCGGCGAAGCUUCAGAAGAUUUGAUCCGAGCCGUUCGAUGCAUUGACUUUUCUGUCUUCAUUUAAACGCGUCCGUCUCAGAGUAACCAUGAUGGUAUCUCAGCCGUUCAUCAUGGGUCAUUAUGUAAAAGAUAUGUAUUAUCAACGGACACGUGUCACGUGACGCUUUCAUCAUGUUCCCAAUUAAUUUUCUUUUCCCUAUAAAGAAAUAAGAUUAUUCGCGUUAGCUUUU